AUGGGAGUGAUGGCGAAUCUCCCACUAGCGUUAGCUCCAGGAAUGGGAACAAACGCUUACUUUGCUUACACAGCCGUCGGUUUUCACGGAUCCGGUUCAAUCUCAUACCAAACCGCUCUCGCAGCGGUUUUCAUAGAAGGUUUAAUCUUCCUCUUCAUCUCAGCCAUAGGCUUCAGAACAAAGCUAGCGAAACUCGUCCCUAAACCGGUCAGAAUCAGCUCCUCAGCCGGUAUAGGCCUCUUCCUCGCAUUCAUCGGUUUACAAAACAAUCAAGGACUCGGUUUAGUCGGUUACAGCCCUUCCACUCUCGUAACUCUCGCCGCCUGUCCAUCCUCCUCACGUGCUUCAUUAGCUCCCGUUAUAACGUCCCUUAACGGAACCGUUAGUUUGAUCCCUGGAGGUUCAGUUUCGGGUGAUGUUAUGUGUCUCCACGGACGCAUGGAGAGUCCCACCUUCUGGCUAGGCAUCGUCGGGUUCGUGAUCAUCGCGUAUUGUUUAAUAAAAAACGUGAAAGGAGCGAUGAUAUACGGGAUCGUGUUCGUAACGGCGGUUUCGUGGUUCCGUAACACGGAAGUAACGGCGUUUCCGAACACACCCGCGGGAGAAACGGCGCAUGAUUAUUUCAAAAAAGUAGUUGAUGUCCACGUCAUAAAAAACACAGCGGGAGCGUUGAGCUUCUCGGGGAUAAGCAAAGGGCAUUUUUGGGAAGCGUUAGUGACUUUCCUCUACGUGGAUAUUUUGGAUACUACGGGGACGCUUUACUCCAUGGCGAGGUUCGCUGGUUUCGUCGACGAGGAAGGAGAUUUCGAAGGGCAGUACUUCGCGUUCAUGUCCGACGCGUCUGCUAUAGUGAUUGGAUCGUUGCUAGGGACGUCUCCCGUGACGGUUUUUAUUGAGUCGUCCACGGGGAUAAGGGAGGGAGGGAGGACGGGGCUGACGGCGAUCACGGUGGCGGUUUAUUUCUUCUUUGCGAUGUUUUUCACGCCGUUGUUGGCUUCGAUACCGGCGUGGGCGGUUGGACCGCCUUUGAUAUUGGUCGGGGUGAUGAUGAUGAAGUCGGUGAUGGAGAUUGAUUGGGGAGAUAUGAGGGAGGCGAUUCCGGCGUUCGUGACGAUGAUUCUGAUGCCGUUGACGUACUCUGUGGCGUAUGGGUUGAUAGGAGGGAUUGGGACGUAUGUUGUGUUGCAUCUGUGGGAUUGGGGGGAAGAUGGGAUGGUGAAGUUUGGGUUCUUGAAAAGGAAAGUUGUUGAAGAAGAGGAGGUUAAUGAUAGUAAUGGAGUUGUGAAAGUUAAUGACACUCAUAUGUCUGUUUAG